ACCGCUCAUCAAGCAGCCAGCAGGCUCGUCAACGGGCAGUGAAGACGACUCGUCGAGAAGGCACAGGCACAGCAACGGGUGUCAUUCCUGCGCCGGGCAGGCCUCGGCCAUGACCCACGCCGUGCCGCGCGUCGGCGUCGGCGUGCUCGUGCUGCACCGUGCGCCGUCGGGCAGCGUCGAGGUGCUCGUCGGCCAGCGCAGCGGCUCGUCGCACGGCCACGGCACGCUGCAGCUGCCCGGCGGCCACCUCGAGCUGCACGAGGAGUGGGCCGAGUGUGCGGUGCGCGAGCUCGCCGAGGAGACGGGCAUCGAAGCGGGCCAGCUCGCCGAGGCGCCGCGCUUCCUCACGGCCACCAACUCGCCGCAUCUCGAGGGCAAGCACUACAUCACCGUCUUCAUGGGCGCAGACGUCGCUGGGCCGCGGCCAGAGGCGCAGCUGCUGGAGCCGGAGAAGUGCGCUGGCUGGGCCUGGGUGCCGCUGGAAUGGCUUGUGGCGCGCGCAUCGCCGUCGGCAGCGCCGGGGCGCACAGACGCCGAAGCAUGGAGCGCUGCGUCGGCGUGGGCCGGCUCAGCAGCGCUCUUCGAGCCGCUCUCUCGGCUGCUGCGCGAGCGGCGCGACGUUGUCGACACUCUGCUGCAGUCGGCGCCAGGGCAAUAACAACAUCAGCUCU